AGCGAGGAAGUGAUGAAGAGGAAGGGAGGAGCAGCGAGCCGCCCAGUCAACAGCGGAGAAUCAUGGCGCAAGGUUGGUUGAUAACUCUUCUCCUUGGAGCUGCCUGUCUGGCGCUGGGGGAGGAGGUGCAGGACAAGGAUGUUGCGAAGGCCAGGGUGGAGAGCUGCAGUGGAUGACAGCUGAACAGGUAUCCUGGGGCGAAGCAGUUCAUCCAUCAGGACUUGCCACUCUUCCACAACGCUAAGUUCCAGCACAUAGGAGGCGCGGCCCCCGAGCUGCUGCUGCUUAACAAGGACGAUGAGGUGCUGGAGCGCUUUGACCUCAAGAAAAUGUCCCAAGAAGAGAUCAACCAGCUGAUGAUCAAGAAGGGUUUUUACAAGAAGUCCAGCAAGGAGGAGGAGGUCCCGGAGGAGUACAAAGAAGGUCCCUACGUUGAGAAGGAGGAGCUAUAAGAAAAUCCGUUCAAGCACCAAAGAAUAGCCAUUUUUUUAAUAUUUUUUUUGUGUACAAGUCUUCAAUUUAGAAGUAUUUUUCUAGCCGCCUGCAUUUCUAUGUUGUAUGGCUCUAAUGGUACUUAAUGUUUAGAGUUGUUAGCUGCAUUUUGGUACCCAGGUAACGACUGCCCAGCGUGGCAUGUGCGGGACGCCAGACAGGGGUGAGGCGGCCGCGCAUGAAGGAAGCAGUGGAAAGGGACUCUCCACACUGUCUCUGGAACUCUGGCCACACUCACUCUGCGUCUUUGCCCCUCACAUGCCACGCCACUGUUUUCAAUAAAUAACGCUAAAUAA